UUGGCCAAGCCGCCCCGCAGCCCGUCGUGUUUACAGUCGGUGUGUUAGAUUAUACAUGUUUGACGAAAAGCAGAUCAUUUUUACGAGAAAUGUAGUUGAUUGCAUCACAUUUAACAAUUUUAGUGUGUGAUUAGCUGUAUUGGACCGUUAGGCAUGUUACAGUGGACCUAUAUCUCCCAGAAUUAAUUCUCAAAGAGCUCUUGUGAGAAAUUUGUACCAGCAAGCACUAGAGCCAAUGUACCAGAGGCUGAGGUCUGCACUUCAUACUAUAGGGGAUGGAUCUCAUAACCCCUUCGCUGCAGAUGACUACUUCACGGUGUCAUAGAGCGGCAAAGUGUUCCGUGAGGAUAACAGGAAGUAUGGAUACAAUCACCAGUCGUGUUCCGUGCAGAUAACAGGAGUUAUGGAUACAGUCACCAGUCACUUGAUUGUUUAAUCCCAAAAUUCCCAGUACAUGGAUGGCAUUACUAAGGGCAUGUGCUGAGUAACCUUGCCUGGUUGCCUGAACCUGCAGCACCACGUGAACAGUGAAACUACAGAUUCAUCAAUUCAACCAGAAGUUUGUCCACCAUGGAUAUCCCAUUACCAGAUGAGAUUCCACUCCCUGGUGGAGGUAGACCAGGUCCCAGAGGACCUCCUCCUCAUAUAGGACGUGGGACAGGUUUACUCGCUACACCCACCAGACCGCCUCCUCAGAUCCUCCUGCCUCCUGGCCCUCCACCAGAUAUGUCAGUGCCACCUCCAAUGUUCAACAUUCCCCCACCAUUCAUGACAACUCCUCCUCCACGAUUACCGGGACCACCUCCCAUCUUCAACAGGAUGCCUGGCAAUGUCUUUCCUCCAGUUAUUGCUGAGAGAUACUCUCCAAGUCGCGUUACAGCAGAUGAUGAUGACAGGGACCCACCUGUAUCUUUUGCUACUGACAUCACCACUAGUACUACUUCCCUUCCUUCUUCCACUGCUUCUCUUACAUCUUCUACCACUUCUGUUUCCUCUGCUGUUAUCACCUCCAAUGUCCCUACCUCAUCUACACCCACUGUAGCUCUUCCUGUCACCUCCACAACUUCAUCAACUGUAUCUCCCAGUUCUGCUUCAACUGAGCCAGUGACCUCUGUUACCAAGAUCAUUGGAAAGACAAAUUUACCAAAACUUUUAGGGAAGCAGGAGGCUAAGAAGAGGCUCUUGGCUUUUUCUGGAAAGGGAAUGAAGUUAUCCUCAUUUUCACUCACCAAAACCACAAAACCCUCCACCAAGUCUGUUCUAGGAGAGGAAGAAGAGGGAAUGGAUAAGAAGAAAUUAAUAGGACAAGUUAGAAAGAAGAAGAAAGAAGAAAAAGUGUCCAUUAUUGAACAAAUUCGAGAUGAGGAGUCAAGACUUAAGGAAGCUUUAGGGUUGAAAAAUGUGUUGUUUAAUCCAUAUGGGCCGGGUUUAUCUCACAUAGCUAAGCUUCUAGAUAAUCCAGAGGAGCUUAAGAAGUUUGAAACUAAAGGGAAGUCAGUGAAACAUAAGUUGGAACAAUAUGAAGCAAGACAAAAUGAACGUCUCAAACUGAAAGAAAAGGCACUGAUUGAUAGAAAAAGGGAACGGGAGAAAGCUAUUGAAAGAGAGAGAGAAAGAAACAGGAUUAAAGACAAGGAAAGAGAUAAAGAAAGAGAAAGGAAAGCUGAUUUAAUUUCAAAUGAGAGGGAAGAAAGGAUUGAGUCUAAAAUUGUUAAGCAAGAACCUAGGAGGAAGCCAAAGCAUGUGCCUAAAUCUUGGAAGGAAUUCAAGGCUGAAAAUUUUAACUUUGAACUCCUGAGGCAAGUCCGUCGACAACAAUUUAGAAGACGCAGUCGAUCCCGAAGUCGCGAUAGAGACCGUAGGCGACGUAGCCGCAGUACUAGUCGUGAGAGGAAUAAGGGUGCAAUGUAUGAAGAAACUAGGAUGAUGUACCCAAUUAAAGCUAUAGGAUUAAAUGGCAUGGACAAAGAAUAUCCUGCACAGCUAAUACAUCACACCAUUUGUAAGCCAUCUGUAUCUUACAGCAUAAAUUCAUACCGGUACAAGGCUCAUUAUUUUUCACGGUAUGAGCUUAAGUGCAGAGAAUCCGCAGAGUCUUGGGAAAUGUUAGAAAAUUUUUGGGCAAGCAAAUCUCAAGCAUCGGUUAAGGAUGAUAGAGGCAAAAAAGAGAAUGGUUCACGGCCAUGGUACGCUAAGUCUUGGAAUAAAGAAGAAUCACCAGCUGUUACGGUCAUGCCGGUCGAGGAGGAGGUUGCAGAGGUAACCAUCGCUGCUCCAAAAUCACGCUGGGAUUCAGAUAAUGAGGAGGUUGAACAGACAGUUUGUGUUGGUGUUGAGAAAAAAGAAAAAGAGGAAGAUGAAGAGGAGGGAGGAGUAGAAGAAAAUGAUGAAGAAGCAGAAGAGGAAGAAGCAGAAGAGGAUGAAGAAGCAGAAGAAGAAGCAGAAGAGGAAGACGACAUUGCCAAACAAAAAGAGGUUCUUAAAAUUGACAGAGAUAGCGAGUCUGAUGCUGCCGUUGUCACUGCUAAGGUUCUUGUUUCCUCAGAAAAGGCUGCCAAUACCUUGAAAAGUGAAAAGUCACAAGAAGCUGCCAAGCCUUUCCCGGAAGGUCUGACGGAAGAGUACGAGGCUUUCAUGCAGAUGCUGGAUGGGGGAAUGCCAGUGAAAGAUGAGAAAGUAAUGAAGGAAGAGAAGAAGGAAUCACCAGUGCGAAGUGAUGUGAAGGAUGAAGAGGAUUCUGAUGUAAUGAUAGAAGAAAAGGAUGAAGAACUGUAUUUAGAGGAGAGGGAGUCGGGUUCUAAAUUGGAUUAUCGCUUGGAAGAAAAUGAUGAGAGAGAUCAGAGCGAGAACUCUGAGGAGAGUGAUUUGUCUGAGAUAGAAGAAGAGGAAGAAGAAGUUGAGGAAAAUAUAAUUGAAGAAAAAUAUGAUGAUGAAGAGAAGAAAAGAAAGGAAAAGUUAGAAAAGAAGCAAAAGAAACGAUUGAAAAAAGCUAAGAAAAAGAAGAAAAAGGCGGAAAAGAAGGCAAAGAAGAAAGAGAAGAAAGCCAAAAAGGAACUGAAGAAAAAAGAAAAGGAAAAGAAAAAAUCGGCUAAAGUCAGCGACAAAGACAGUGAGUCUGAAGUGUCUGAAGUAGAAAGUGACUCGUCAGCUGAUCGACCUAGAGAAAAAGAUAUGGACACUGGGUAUGACGAAGAAAGGAGAAGUGCAUACCGGGACAGAGGUUACGAUAGGAGGGGCACAUUCCGGGAUAGAGGCCGUGGAUGGAGAGGGAGGGGAAAUUAUAGGAACUUUUACACAGAGGGAAGGCGAGGAAAUUUCCGAGGGAGACAAGGUGACUGGAGGUAUGGCUAUCGUGAGAGAGGAUAUGAUAGGAAACAUGAUUAUGAGGAAUGGAGGGAAAAGGGAAGUGACAGACGAGACAGUUAUCGAGGGAGAAGCUAUGAUAGAAAAGAUGAUUACGAGAAUUGGAGAGAGACUUCCCGUGAACGAAGGGAGAUGUCCCGUGAGAGAGGAGACUCAUCCCAUGAAAGGAGAGAUAUGUCCCGUGAGAGAAGAGACUCAUCCCAUGAUAGGAGAGAGACGUCCCGUGAAAGGAGAGAGACAUCCCGUGAAAGGAGAGAGUCUCUUCGAGAAAGGGAUUACGACAGAGACGAGGCUGAAGAUUGGAGGGAUUCGGUGCAUGAAAAGGGAAGUGACAAACGAGAAUCUGCACGAGAAAGAGAAUACGUUCAGAAAGAUCUUGAAGACUGGAGAGAAAUGGUCCGCGAAAAGGGACAUGUAAAAAGAGAGACACAUAAAGAAAAAGUCUUCGAAAAGAGACACGACUUUAUGGACUGGAGAGAAAUGAUCCGCCAGAAAGAAAAGGCAAGAAAACAAGAGGAGGAAGAGAGCAGCUCUGAUAGAAAAGAAGAUUCUGAUUCUGAUGAUGAGAGUGAGAGUGUCUCUAAAGGGGGGGAGACAGACAAAGAAGAAAAAAUUGAAAACAGUUUUGAUUGUAACACUAGGAAAGAAAGAGCUGUUGAAAAGGAAUAUAGAGAUGAUGAUGAUGAUGAUGACAGUCCUUCAUAUACACCUCCUAAACGACCCUCUGAAAGUGAAAUCGAAAUUGACCUAACUGCAGAGGAGGAGGAGGAAGAAGAGGAGGAGGAGGAGGAGACAGUGAAAGAAAGCAGUGACGUAUCUGAUGAUGAUAUAAGAGAAGAGUUGGAUUAUGAGGAGUGUGAAGACAAAGAUGAAGAGGAGCCACCAUCACCUGUCUCAUCACCAGAGUUACAUAUAGAACAGGCUUAUGAGUUAUCAGAUACAGAGAAGGAAGUAGUGAUGUCUAAGAGAAGAGAAAAGGACAGAAUAAGCUGGGAACAAGAGGAGUCAAGUGGGAAUACUAGUCAGUCUUGGAGGUCUAGAGAAUCAUUGUCACAGUAUAGUCCACCAGCCACAUCAAGAGAGUCUAACAAGGAAAGAGAGUCUGGUCAGUGUCCAACGAGUGACACUUCUGGUUAUUAUGAUUUUAGUCCUUCGUCCAGUCCUGAAUCUGAUUCUUAUUCUAAAAAACCAAGUGUGGAGAGAUCUUUGCGUGAAUUACACGGCAGUAAAUAUAAGGAACGGAAAAGAAUUGCAGGAAAUUUAAUGAGCUUCAAGUUAGAUGAUAUUCCCUAUCCCCCGGCUACUUCUUCCUCUGAUAAAGAAGAUGAGUAUGAAGGCCCCACUAAACAAGACAGUGAGAGAUACAGUCCUUCAAAUAUGUCCAUGUCUUCAAGUCCACCUUCAUCCUCUUCUCCUACCUCUGUUUCCAUCUCUCCACUGCCCUCCCCAUCUCCUAAUAUUUCACUUCCUUCUUCCUCCAUUGAAAAUAUCCCAAUACCUCCCAUGCCUGGCACUGCAUGUUCAGGCCAUGCCUCACCUGUUUCUGAUCCCCAAAAAAUUCCAAUGCCCCCAGCUGGCAUACCAUUGCCCUCACUACCACCACCUAGUAUAAAGUCAAAAACUCCCACUGCUCCUCUCCUCUCUACUCCACCCCGUCGUGGGCAUAUUCCCUCCGAGGGCGACUCAUUGUCAGCUUUUUCAGGAUCAGUAACUGAGCACAAAAAAUUGCCUGACUCAAAACCCGGAACAGAGAGUACCUCUGCUUCUGCCUCAUCAGCUCUUCCCUUACCCAGUGCUCCAGUUGGACCAGUGAAUGUGCCAUUGCAAGCAUCCCAGGCUUCCACUUCACCGUCAAAACUACCAUUUCCUUCUUCACUGCCUUUAGCACGUCCAGGUUUUAUUCCUCUAUCAGUUCCUCCCCCAUCAAUAGAUCUGUCAGUUCCUCCUCCAUCAGUCCUUGCAUUGUCUGUUCCUCCUCCAUCAGUUCCUCGUCCAGCAGUCCAUCCUCCUUCAGAGUCCUCCCUUUUAGCUCCUCCAUCUGGAUUAACAGUUGACUCCCCUAAAUCAGUCUCACCAAUACCCCAGGAAAAACAUGUCCCUCCUGUAGUUUUGUUAUCUCCAACUGCAAUCCCAGUACCUAGUUCAAGGUUGAGUCUUGACAAAGACUCUAGUUCUCUUAAGAAAAAAGAUACCAACCAAGAAAAGCCAACUGUUGAAGAUAAAGAAGUUGCAGCCACAUCAAACCAAGUGACCACAAGAUGGAUUGAAAAAUGUACUGAUGAAUCUCGGGCCAAGGACACUACCAGUGAUGAUUUAGUUAUGAAAAGUUCAAGAUCAGUGCCAAUUACAUUUAGGUUAGGUGCCUCUAAGCAGAGCAGUGUAAAACGUUUGCAGAUGGGACUUCUGCCAGAAUUUGUUCAUGAAGAAGAGGAGGAAGGCUUGAAAGCCAAACCAUCUGAGGAGGAAGAUGAUGACAAUCCAGAAGACUCUUCUGAGAUCUGUGAGCCUCAGAAGUCAUCUCCCCUUCACUCAAAGUUCUGGGAGUCUACAGCUGAUGAACCUUCAGGUGAGACAAAGAUUGUGAAAGAAGACUCACCACAAAUGACGCCAUCCAUAUUCAAAGGUAGAGUUCGAAGAUCUCGGUCAAGAUCGCCCCGAAAAAGUCGAUCUUCACAGAGACGAAGAUCUCCACACAGAAUAAGUUCUCCAGUAAGAGAACGGUCACCUCCACGAGGGCAUUCACGUGAAAAGAGUAAAUCACCAAAGAGUGGUAGAAUGCCAAUGAAGAGUAAAUCACCGCAAAGAAGCCCAUCACCAAGGAGAAGCAGAACACCUUUAAGAAGCAAGUCUCCAAAGAGGAGUCGAUCACCUCGAAGGUCUAGAGAAACCCGGUCCCGCAGCUGGUCUCCUAGAAGGAUGGGAAGCCGGAGAUCACCGGAUAGGAAAAGAAAAGUAUCACCUGAUUACAAGAGACAACGUACCAGUCCUGAAAGAGGUAAAAAGAGGGACCCCACCAGUCCUCGUAGAUCAAACCGAACGCUUCGCGAGGCCAAAUCCCCGGUUCAUUCAUCUGGAGCAAGGCCAGGAAGGGAGAAACGAUCUCCCAAGAGAUUUCACAGUCCUAGUCCGAUGCCUGCAAGGGAUGACAGAUUGGGGUCACGCUUUUCUAGUCCAGACUCUAGACAUAGCAGGAGUCCAGAUAAAGUGAGAACCACUGUUCUUCAUGGACCCAGAACCCCUGAGAGAGCAACAAAUGAUGGGCCUGAAAGGUCACCCAGGAGGGAGUUUGCUUCACCACUACAUGAAAGAGGAUUCCAUGGAGAUCACAGUGGAGAAAGGCUAAUCAAGAGAACACCUGAAAGAUCAUUAUCCCCAGAGAUGCGCCUGGAUCAGAGGAUGUACUCAAGUCCUCAAGGUCGCAUAGGUAGACAGGAAUAUAGGUUGAGCUGCAGCCCAGAUUCACGGAGUCCAGAGGGGCGUAUUGUCCGCCAUCAUAGUCCUGCCCACAGAAGUGCUCUCUGGAGUCCUGAAAGAAAACAUCAUCAGAGUCCAGGAUGGAGAAGUCCUCAAUACAGAAGUCCUGAGCACCGCCCGCAGUACUCUCCGGGAAGAGACCAACGGAGUCCUCAACGUCGCUGGAGCCCCCACAGAUCUCCGAGGAGGUUGUCACAUCACAGGUCACCCCGUAGAUCUCCACCUCAUAGGUCGCCCAUUCGUAGAUCUCCUUCAGGUAGGUCUCCAAUUCGUAGAUCUCCUAUGAGGAGGUCAUCCCCAAGAAGGUCUCCUUUAAGGAGAUCUCCAUUAAGGAGAUCUCCUUUGAGAAGGUCUCCCAUGAGGAGAUCACCACUGAGGAGGUCUCCAUUAAGGAGGUCCCCCAUGAGAAGAUCUCCCUUAAGGAGAUCACCUCUACGUAGGUCACCAUUACGUAGGUCUCCUCGAAGAUCACCAAGGAGAUCCCCUCGAAGGUCACCACGACGAUCACCACGCAGAUCUCCUCGGAGAUCACCAUCGCCCAACAACGACGAAUUUGAUUAUGAACGCCGUGAAAGGGGUUGGAAUAAUUGGGAGUGGGAUCGAGAAAGAGAAUCAGAACAGGAACAAGAGCAUAAAGACCAUGAACGCUGGUCUGACCAUCCUCAUAGUCCAAGAGGAAAGGCUUCAGCAGAACCAUACUAUACACAACUUAGCAAAAACACUAAUCGCAGUGAAGGUACCAUUAAAAUUGAUGCAGAUUCAACAAUUAGUGAUUCUGAACUGUCAAGUAGAAGAGAACCGUAUGGCCGAGCCACUAGGGAUUCAUCUACCUCAUCCUCUCCUCGGGACUCACCUCGGCGACUCACGUUGGAUGAGCGACUUCAGCAAGAACAUGGAGUUGAUGUUGAAGAAGAGCGACAAAAACAAAUGCAACAACAGCAGCAUUCACAGUCACAUCUGUACAACUGGGGCUACCAAGCACGUCCUGUACAGGUCCAUCAGUUCCACUAUGCCUAUGAUGGUGGUAGUGAAGGAGGUAACGCAGGGGGUGAGAAUGGGGGCAGUGAGGGGACAUCCCGUGUCAUCCAAGUGGGCAACAUGCUUCAGGUCCUCCCACAAGACCCCUCAGCUCCUGCCUCACACUCACCCAUGAUUGUGCAAACGGGUAAUGUUAUUCAGGUAGUGCCAGCAGAGAAUAUGCAGAUGCUGGGGGCAGAAGUGGUGCCAGGUAUCCCGGUGUCCAAUAGUGGAUUGAUGGGCAUGAGCAGUGUGAUGCAGGUCAUGGCUGGAGGUGUGGUGAGCAUGUCUGGCUCCUCACCAGUUCCAGUUCCUGCUCCCGUUGCCUCUACUCCCACCUCAGUCCUGGCAUCACCCAGUGACACAUCCCCUGCAGCCAGAUCCUCCGUCCCAUCGUCUAUAUCUUCAGUAAUUCCAGUACCUGUCCCAUCCUCUAUAGCUUCACCUGUUGUAUCUCAGGUGGCUCCUACUGCCUCAUUAACUCCCCCCACCACUCCUGCAGGUACAACGCAGUCCUUACUUACUCUGUCACCCUCUGCUCAUGCUGCAGGGCUGCCAGUUGCACGGAUAAUAUCUCUACUGCAACAGCAAAUGCCAAGCAUUGGUGAAACCAUGAUGGAUCCAGAAAUUGCUGCUGCAGCUAAGGAGAGGGAGAAGCAGGAAAGGAGGGAAAGGAAGGAGAAACGAAGGCGUGAGCGGGAAGCCAGGCGUGAGGCAAGACACAAAGAACGUGAACAUAAUUUGUUGAUGCAACAACAACAACAACAACUACUGGAGGAAGAGGAAAAACAGUCAUCAGAUACUGAAGAUGAAGUUCUGAUAAGAGAAGCAAUGUCUGAGGUCCCGGUGAUAGGGUCUCCUGUUCCAGAAUAUGAAAUUAUUGGGGAUGAUGACGAUGAUGAUGAUGAAGAUGAUGAACGUGGACUGAGGAAGAAACGUCGUUUCAUGCCUGUACCACUUCCUCCAGCUGAUAAAGGAAUCCUCAUGAGUCCAAGUUAUAGAUACCGAGAGGAUUAUCGACCAAAGGCUGUUAAAUUUGCUGAUGGGAUUUUGCCAGGAGAAGGUACCUCACCGUCAGGAGGGGAAGAGAUACAUUCACCUCCUCCACCUACUGUCAAGCGCAAAGAAAAGAAAUUGCGCAAGAAACGCAAGGUCAAAGUCAAGAUAAUUAAAUUGUAUAACAGAGAUGACAACAGCGAAAAUUCACCUCCUCCCCCUCCUCCUGGGUCACCACCACCUUUAGCAGCCCUGAAACUUUAUCCUGGAUAUACACACUACAACUAUACUGCUCCAGGGACAGCUGUGAUAUAUACCCAAAAACCACAACAACCAUAUGCCUACAACUCUGGGCAAGCCCAGGGAGCCCUGGCUGUUCCAGGUGGAAUGGUCCUCCAGCAGGGUAUUGGUAAUCAGUCCCAAGCACCACUGGGAGCAUUAGGAGGAUUAUCAUCAGGCGUGUUCCGCUACCCCGGAUAUGUUUACACAACUGUGUAUUCUCCCGGCCAGCAACUGCAAUAUGUUCUUCCAACUCCUCUGACAUCUGAUGCAGCUGUUUCCCCUACAAAAAAGGGCAAAAAUUAAGACAUUGUGUGCUUAAUGUAAAGAGAAUGAACUAAAAAAUGCAGAUGGUUUUUUAAAGAUUUAAGAAACCAGCCUAUAGUUUUAAGAGAAUACAAAAUUUAAAAUUUUCUAUUCAUUAUAAUUAAAGCCUUUGAUAAAUUCAUCUGAUCUACAUUAUUUAGUUAUUGAAAAAUUAAGGACAAGAAAAAGUAUUUACAGAAGAACACUAUAGAUGUGAAUAAUGUGGGUCAUUGUGUUUUCAUAGCCAGUAGAAGAGUAUAUUGAUUGCUCAGUACAGCAUUGGACAGGUACAGUAUCUCAAAAAGUAUCUGUCAGGAUUGGUCCGAUGACUUCUGAAAUGCUACACUCAACUCAUGAUGUCCCGGAUGGGUUGGUAUGCGUGCCUCUUUGGUAUACUGAUCCUACUACAUUUGGUAAUCAAACAUCAUAUUAAUUACACUGAAAUAAUUACACAUUGCAUUAGUUACGUUAAACUAAAUGCAAUACCAAAGUAGAUGCAUGUCCCACUAUCUAUCAUCCGUGGUUUCUCACAGUGUGGACAGAUACUUUUUUGAGACACUCUACAUGGCCUCUACCUCUUGUGAAGAAUGAGUCAGUUAAGGAGCUUAUUUGCAAGCUAGAUUUCAAACGGGCCUUGAGUUAUCAUAAAGACCUCUGCAAAACCUCCCCUCCAAACAACUCAUAGCCUAGGCAAGUUUCAUCAGACUAUAGCCAAUGUAAUCUUCUGAGUUGUUUUCUCUCAAGUAUAAUGUCUUGAAUCUUUGCCAUUUCAUAUCACUUUCUACACCUGUCAUGUACUGAACCACUCUUCCAUCUUAUAUCCCUUUUGUAUGAGGCUUUUAUACCCCUUCAUCCACCCCGCAGGAAAGUGGGUGAGAGUUAAAGGUAAAAAACUUUAUUCGGGAAGCAAGAAUUCACUCUCUUAGAUGGGCAUUCAUAGUACAGGUAGCCACUAUUUAGGACAAUAUAAAGCAAGUUGGUCGUAUUACUUUUAAGAAAAUUACAAAUAUCAUGUUUAGUUUCCAAAUGCUAAUGUUUUGUUAUGUUUCCAGACAAAAAUAUGCAUAAAGAAGAGUAAUCUUUUCUUUAUCUGAAGUUCUUUGAAAUACUGUACAUCAAUUAGGUAUUGAGGUAUUUGCAUUAAAGAGGCUUCCAAUGUAGGCAUUUACCGUUUGUGUGAGAGCAUUGCAAUUAUGUUUUAUCAACCCUUAAAUAAGCAUCUUUUGAAUUACAGAUACAUUACUCACAGAGCCACCACACAUUAAAGAACUGGAAGGCAUUUAAUAUGAUGCUCGGGAGAUUAACUUACCAACAAGGCAAUGACUUGAGAAAGUUCACACAUUUACAAAGACUAUGUGACAGUUGUAUCUACUGUAAGUAUGUGUGUGUGUGUAGUAUGCUGCAAUAGUCAAAUAAUUCCCAGUUGGUAUUGUGUCUUGGAUAUUAUAUUAUGGUAUUACUGUCACUACAAUCACUUUGGGAAUUUCCAUUGACAGCUACUAUAGUAAUAUUUUUUUUAGUUUGAUUCAAUACAGUGCAGUUCCUCUCAUCCUAAUUCCAACUAUCCUAUGAAUCUUUCAGGUAUCCGAACUUUGUUCCCUUUGGUCCCGUUCGGUAAAAAUUUUAAUUUAGUCCAACAGUCCGAAUGCAACCAAAAUCAUUGGUUCACAUGUCUGCCACCAGUAGCUCUUUAACCACUUUGUUUACAAUGUGCUGGGCUUUUUGGUUGGUGGAAGGUGUUUGCUCUAAUUUCAUGUUAUAAUAAACAAUAAAAUUGAUUUAUAGCCUAUCAUAAAAUAUAAUAGCACUUAUUUUAUGUAAAAAAAAAUAGCUCCUCCCACACUCAAACCAUCCUCUCGAUGAUGCGAUGCAGUUCAGCCGAGCAUUCACCCAGCUUUCUCUGAGACGUGUGUGUAUCAUGACAUCACAUCGGGGUGAGGGAGCGUGGCCAGCUGGUGGGUCAGUGACGCAGUUACAGCCCACUGCCUCCACAUGUACAUUCACUCCACAAACAUACACACCCUUGCUCUUCAUUUUUUUUAUUUUAUUAGUGUUAUACAUUAUUAUAUUUUCUUUAUUUCCAAGCCGCAUUAAAGUAUUGUCAUGAUUAUUCCACAACUUUUACAGUUUCAUUACAUGUAACAAUGGCAGCAUGCUGCUGUCUCAUAGGCCAGUUUUUUCCCCUUCCCAGUGAAUCACGGUAUCAUUCAACCAGAUUUUGACCUAAUGUUAAUUAUUGCUUGUUCUUGUAGGCUGUAAGUACGUCCAGGUUUCUGAAUCAUCAUUGGUCCCGAUGAGUUUGGAUAAACGGAAUUGCACUGUAGAUAUAUUAAUAUCUUUUAGAAGUGAAUAUGACUGUACGUACAGUAUAUGAGAAAUAUGACUGCCAUAGUGGAAGGGUAGCUUGGGUGUGUAUUCUUGAUAGGUUAUUGUAUUGUCCAGGGAAGUUUGGUGUACAGUCGUGAAUCACAAUCUAAAAAGUGUUCGAUGUGAUUUUAAACAGUCCGCUAUGUUGUGUAACUUUUGAGUGCCUUAAUCUUCAAGCAUCUUUUAUAAAAUGGUUAAUACAGUAUAAUGAAUGAUAGGAAGACCUAACUUUUAUUGUACAGUAUAUAACAGUAUGAGGGUGAAGACCAAAGGGAAAGAAGAAAAAAUAUAGUUUAUAUAUAUAUAAUUUUCAGGAACAUAAACAAAACCUAUCCAUGUCCGAGCAGUUGUGUCUGAUAUAUUUUGGAAUACAGUUUAAGCUGGUAUCCCCAGUGGACUGGCUGAUCCCCCAACUGAGAUGAAAAUUACUAGGGAUCAUCAACCGUUUCUAAUGAAUAUAUGUACUGUAUGAUUCUGAAGGAUGGUGGCAGUUCACUCUAUAUAGCUUUUGUUACUGUGCAGAAACUGUUCAUACCGGUAUGUACGUACAGUAUAUGGACUGACAGACAGACAGAUAGUACCAUAUCUAUGUCCUUGAAUAUUUUUUUAGUCUGAGAAAUAAUAAUAAUACAUAAAUAUUGCUCUGGGGAAAAGUCAUUGGCAUUGAUUUAGUGCUGUUGAAAAAGCAUUUCACUAAUCUCUAAUAUUCUACAGUACAAGGUCUCCAGCCCAAAUUCCUUGGGAAAAAGUGGUGGUGUAAUUACAGAUGACAGUUUUUCCAAUGAGUCCAGAUUGUGGUCUGACCAUUUCAUAACCUCAUUAGUUGUUUUGCAUACUGGAUGUAGUUAAUAAAAUGUUAUAUACUAUAUAUAUACAGUAUAAUGCAAAGAUAUUCAACCUAUGGUGAAAGUUUAUAGCCUUUAAAACAAAUUUAGCCCAGGAAUAGGUAUGUUUUCAUUAUCGUAUUGCUCACACUAGUCAUAAACAAACUUAUCAGGAUCAGCUGAUCGUGCAUGGUUCUACACUUUGCAGUGCCCUAUUUGGAUCACUCUCAGCAUAAUACUUGUACUAAGUUUUUCAUGUUUCCUCAGGUUACACACCUACUUGCCAUUACUUAAUUUAUGUAGAAUUUCAACCUUCUGCAUCAUGGCUAGUGUAAUAUGCUUCCUCUUUGCAUCAUUACACUUGGUACUGUCCCUUGGAUGCACAUUGGACAACAUUAAAAGGGCAGAAUAAGAGCAAAAACCACAAAAAUGAGUGAGAAAAGAACAGAACAAACUGCCUUAAAUUCAAAAUAGAGAUGGUAGCAUAUGGCCCCGACUAACGAUCUGUUGAAACUCAAGUCACGGUUUGGCAGGUUUUUAUAUUUUGGAUAUAUUAUUUUAGAUUUUUAGUUAUUGGAUUGGAGAUCGUGUAUUCUACAGUACUAUCUUUAUUAGAAGAAGUUAGGGUCUAUACCAGGAUGAAGCACUUACAUUUAUUAUUUAUUAAAAUUGGGAGGAUUUUAUGAAUUUUGUAUUGUUUCAUUUAUAGUACACUUUUAAUAUACCAUAUGAUGUUUGACACUUGCUGUUUACUACAGUCACACAUUUGUUUGAAUUUAUUAGUCACCAAAAAAUUGCAUGACUUUUUCUGAGACCAAACUGCUUAAUGGUAAUUUGUGCAAUCACGACACUUGUAAAUUACAGGUAUGUCUUAUAAAGUGUUAAUGUUAAUUAAGGAUUUUAAGGUCUAAUGGUUGUCACAAUGCUGUAAAGCAAUCUCGAGAGGCUGUUAAGAUUAGGUAAACAAGAACCGUUUUUGUACAAGUCCAAUGUGAGGAUUCAGAAUUUGAUGCCUAAAGUGGGGUGACACGUGCUGCAUUUUCUCAUCACUUUCAAUAUUCUCAAAUCUUGUAAAUAAAAAAGUUAGGUUUUCUGUUUGGUUAAGGUUACAAGCCUCUCAAGAUUGCCUAAUUUUAUACUGUAAUGUUGUAUAAACAGUAGGCUGUAUAUAGAAGUUUUCCUACAGUUCUGUAUCUGAGGUAUGAUGUACUUUUAAAAAAAAAUUUGUAUGACAUUUAUGACAUUUCCUGCAUUCACAAAAAAGACCAGUGUUGACAUGUAUUUGGCUAUUAAAGAGGAAACUACAGUAUGUUCAAAUCUGGUUGUUGGUUGAGGCAUUCUUGAUUAAGUACAAAGACAUAAUUAUAUGUUACACCUAAAUUUCAAAAGCAGAAAGUAAGAUGAUUAUUAUUAUUUAUUGUACUGACUUCAUUUACUAUAAGACAAUAUUUAGUUUCUCUGUGAAAUUAGUACAGAUAUUAUACAGUACAUGUUAUUUGUAUUUAGUGCAUUCACUACUGUGACUUUAAAAAAAUUCAUUCUUUCAUUGUAUGUUAUGAUUUGAAACCAAACUUUAGGUACAGUAUACUAAUUAUUUUUUGUUCUGCUGGUUUGACCUGAAUCCUUACAACAGGACAGAGUUCUAUAUACUGUACUGUAACUACAUCUACAAGUUAAGGAUGCGAGUAGGUGUGUUGAUAUUUCUACCUGCUGUCUUUGGGCUUUCCUAUCACUUUUCUACAUAUGACUUGUAGUACAGUACUCUUGUCUAUUAUUUCCCCCUUUCUUAAAGGCUUCUAUGCCCCUUGAUCCACACCACACAAAGUGGAAGAGGGGUAAAGCCAGUAGAUGAUUAUUCCUGCUGUCCCCAUUUUUUCUUAUUGCCUGAAUUGUUACAGUAGGAAAGACAAAAGGGCUCAGGCCAUCCAAACAUGAAAAUACAGUACUGUAUAUACUUCCAUAAGAAAAUAAAGAAAAGAAUAAUUUUUUUAGUUGAAUGAUAUAUGUACAGUAAAACAUUUAGGUAUACACUGUAUUGUAUUUGGAAGGGAUACCAGUACUGUAUAAGAAUGUGCAUUGGAACAUUAGAACAGUACAGUUUUGUGUUGUAUAUGAUCAAUGAGCUACUGUGUGCCUGUAAAUACACAAGUACCCCUGUAAAUGGAUCUGUUUUGGUGGUUCCUAUUGACAUUGUACAGAGCAUAGUACCCCAGAUGUAGUACACAAUUAUGCUGGGCUGCAAAUCAUGGACUUGUGUCAUCAUUCAGAGGGGGAAAAUUCAGGAUUUCUGUAUGUAUAUAUUAAGAGAAUGUGUAUGGCUUUGUUUUUAUAGUUCAGUAACACUGUAUAGGCUUAUACUUCAGAAGUAAAUAGUUUUGCAUGUAUUUAUAGAUGUUUAUGGGUAAGUGUUCAAAAUUAAUUACCGUAUGCGUUUAUAGUGGGAAAAUAUUAUAUGGAAUUAAUUAGUUAAAAAUGCACAUAAUAUAUAUCUUUCAUUGGACCUAUGAUUAAUGACGUUGCUUGCAUAGCUUUGAGGUAUAAAGGGAUCAUUGUCUGGUGUGGUAUGGUGCAGGUGAGCUUCACUCAUCCUAACAACAAUACACAGGGAAGAAAAAAUACAUAACUAGGGGUCCAUCCCUGGGUAUAUAAUAUUUUGUGUAUGAAAUUUUCAAUGGGAAGUGUCUUGCACAUUGCUGUUAUGAUUUGUACCUGUGGGUGAAGUUUGCAUGUUUGUUCAGUAUUUGCAAUAGAUGAAUGAUUCAACUUUAUUCAAACUGGAUUAAAGGCAAUGAAAUGCAAAGCAAAGGAAAAACUACAGGGUAUCAAUCCUCUGUACGAGUUGGGUGUACUGUACAGUUGAGGUGUGGUUGGGGUCACGGAUCAGGACACCAAGACAGACAAUUUCAGAGAAGUAAUGUCCCUUUUGUAGUAAGCACUGGUGUGCUGACAGCACCAUGUUCCUGGGAACAUGUAUUUUCUAAUAUUUUGUUCAACUGCUUUAUUAAUAUCUUAGUCUGAUAAUAUUCUAUCCUAAAGAUAAUAGGAAGUGAAAACUACUAGUAAUUUCUAAUGUAAAUUGUAGAAAGAUAAUUUUAUCUUUUAUUAUAAUCUAACUUUAAAAGGAUUUACAUGCAGCUGAAAAUUCUUCUCUGAUGUAUGUUCUUUAACUGUUGUUUUCUGUAAAGAAAAUAAUUUAUAUGUUCUUUUUUGUCAUAAUUUUUUUGAGGCCAAAAAAAAAAUCAACAUCUACAGUAUUUGAGAAUUAUUAGAGCUUUUCUGCAGGUACUUUACAGCAAGUACAGUAUUGUGGGUGUCAUGUCUCACAGUAUUGAAACUUAUCCUAAAACCUUGUAAAUAUGGGGUUAAGCAGAUGAUGAAUGUUACAAUAAAAGUUACUGUUGA